AUGACUUCCCAUACUACCACCGCUACAGCUCCAACCACAGAAGUUACUAAUGAUAGUCCUUGGGGUCUUUCUGCUGUGCAGGAGGAUAGUGAAGAUGAUAACCUCAACAACAACAUUAAUAAUAAUGGUGACACCUUGGAAUCAAUGUCUGAUGAGGCUCUUGCAUGUGCAGAAUUGAUGGAAAUCAUGGGCAAUUCUAGUCGUGGAUCCAGUAGACCUGUUUCUUUGUCUGGAUCACCUGAUCGCUUUAGUAGUAACACUAUCAACAGUAGUAAUAUUAGUAAUAUUAAUAAAAAAUUUAUCAUGAAGAGUACUACUAAAUCAAUGGAAGAGUUGAAGAUCAGCGAUAAUAAAAAUAAUAUUAUUAAUGAUUUUUAUGAUGACAAUGAUAGAAAUGAAAAUAUCGUUACCGCUAAUGUUAGUAAUAGUUACGAUGAAUUGAAAGCAAUUGAAAUUGAAAAGAUGCGUCAAAGACCGUUUACAAUUUCUACAUCCACUUUAAAUGCUUCUUCUUCCUCCGCAUCUGGAUCAACAACAACGUCACCCACAACGAUUCGUCCAAGUCGUCUUGCACAACGUUCUAAACAAUUUCCACAUAAUCAUAAUCAACAACAACUUUUAAGACCAACUAGUCUUUACCAAACAAAUCAUUAUUACUACGACAACAACAACAAGAAUGAUAGUGGUAUUGAAGGAGAAACUAAUUUCUAUGAUGGUGAUCUUAAUAAUGAAAAUGCUGCUAGUGAUAUUACCAAAAUUGGUGGUAUUAGUAGAAUGAUUAAUAAUCUUAAUGAUAAUUCGUUUGAAAAUGUUUCUAAAAUUCCUCAUAAUUUGUCCAAAGCAUCUAAAACUGCAAUUUUCAUGAGUAUUUCUGAAGGUGGAAGACGUCGAUCAUUGUCUGUCGGAAGUGCUGGGCUCAAAACUGGUAGUAAAAUAAUUGGAUGUUAA